UUCUUGAUAUUUUAAGGACACUUUUAUCAAAAUGUCGAACAGACAGGGAGUUUGGUAUGUGCUUAGCGGUCGCUGACGAUAGAAGAAAAUACGCUGCGGUAGUGAUGCAUGUUAAUGGGUUCAAGAACAUGCGGUUCAGCUCUCAGUCAUGACAAGGUGGGCGAGAGCUAACAAUGUCCAUAAACACAAACCAGCGGAGGCCACCCCCUGGAGUCAGCUGAGAACAGGACGACCAGCAGGAGGAGGAGGUGAUGGCGGCAGCAGCAGCACUGCUGGUGUUAAAGGAGUAGCUGAGAGGAAUCCUCUGAGAAAGACACAGCCCAGUGGGUCUGCUAUAAAGAAACCCAACGGCAAGAAAAAGCAGUACAUCAGCGAGGAUGUAAACGGCUUCCUGGAGUAUCUGCAGCAAACCGGGCAGCACCUGGCUAAAAAAAGUCAGGAGGGAGAGCAUGAGCUCAGAGAGGAGGUGCAAAUUGCUCUAAAGAAAGACAAGAAGAGGGAGGACAGGAGGAUAAAAAGACAGACCAAUAAGAAGAACAAAAUGUUCUGUUUUAACUGCAGGAAGCCCGGUCACGGGUUGGCAGACUGUCCAGAGGCUGACAGAGAUGAGGAGAUGGGCCGAGGCAUCUGCUUCCGCUGUGGCUCCACUGAACAUGAAAUCUACAAAUGCAAAGCUAAAGUGGACCCUGCUCUGGGUGAUUACCCAUAUGCAAAGUGCUUUAUCUGUGGUCAGACUGGACAUCUGUCACGAUCCUGCCCUGAUAAUCCCAAAGGACUUUAUGCACAAGGAGGUUGCUGUCAUGUUUGUGGCUCAGUGGAACAUUUUCAGAAGGACUGUCCAGAGCACCAGACUUCAAAUAAUCAUGUGACAGUGGGCUGGUUGUCCAACAAUAUGAGUGCAGACCAUGAGGAAGUGCACAUUCCAGUAAAGAAAGCCAAACCCAAGCAGCCUAAAGUGGUGAAGUUCUAAUCAUAGAACUGAGCAGUGCUAAUGUGUGUCCCUCAUUGUACUUCUCUGACCCACCUCAGCUUCUGGACUUCAUAAAUGGACAGGUUACCCACUAACAGGCAAUGAAGUAUACCAUUGUAUAUGAAUGAGAUGUUUUUAAUAAAAUGUUUUUCACAGCUACUUUUGAUAUGCUAUGGUUAAGAAUUCUUGUUGCAGGAAGUAGUCAUGAGUGGACUCAGACUGAGGCCCCUGCAAUUUCCCUCAGCGCAUGGAUUGCCCACUCAAACAGUGGAUUGCAAAUUAAACAAUCAGGAUGUGAUUGAAGGGAAUUUUUAUUUCACCAAGAAUUUUACAGUCAUCCACUGGGUUGUCUUCUUUAGUGGCUAUAAAACAGCUUGUCAUUCAGUUGUCCAAUUACUUUUGAGCCUCUGAAAAUGACAGGGUGUAUAAAAAUGGCUCUCCUAAACGGCUUGUGCAAUACCUUUGUUAUUAAAGCUGUCAUUAAAUAAAAAGUCUUUGUACAGAG